AAGUCUCUAAUCUGUCAUCAAUACUUUUCGCAAAUUUUCGACUGAUUUCGACUAAUGAAGAGAGAUACUUAGUAGUUUUACUUUUGUCAACGUGAUGUGAGAAAAGAUAAAAUAUUUAAGAAUUAAUGAGAUACUCACAGAUAUCUCAUUAUAGUUGUUUUAUAUAUAGAAAAUAUAGUUAAAAAUCUAACAUGAAGAUUUGGACAUCAGAACACACAUUUAACCAUCCAUGGGAGACAGUUGCGCAGGCAGCAUGGAGAAAAUAUCCCAAUCCUAUGAAUCCAGCCGUCAUUGGGACCGAUGUUGUAGAAAGGAAGGUUGUUAAUGGAGUGCUACAUUCGCACAGACUCGUCAGUUCUAAAUGGUUUUUUCCGCGUUGGGCACAGGCGCUUAUUGGAACUGCCAAAAUAUGUUAUGCAAGUGAAAAAUCAGAAGUAAAUCCUAUGCAACGACAGAUGACACUUAAAACCACAAAUUUAACAUUCUGCCAUUAUAUAGCUGUUGAUGAAACUGUCAAAUACACUCCGCAUCCUUCUGAUCCUUCAAAGACUCUUUUAACACAAGAAGCAGUAGUUACUGUACAAGGUGUUCCCCUUAGUAGUUACAUGGAGGAUUUAUUAGCAAAUAAAAUUUCAUUGAACGCUGGAAAAGGAAGGCAAGCAAUAGAGUGGGUUAUUGGUAAAUUGGAUUCUGAAAUAAAGGAGCUUGCAAGCACAGCAGCUAAGAGUACAGAUGAGCUCUUAUCACAUACAAAAAAAUCCCUUGAUGAUAUAACAUCAACUGCUAGGAAAUCAAUGGAUGACAUAUCAUCUAAAGCAAAGAGAUCACUUGAUGACAUUGAAAAAUUCACAAAAGCAAAUGCUAAUCAACGGAGCUGAAAAGAGGAGUGAUCCCAACAAUACUUAGUUUCAAUUGAAUCAUUAUUAUGUAUCUAUUUAUUAUACAGGAUGGACUUGCAUUAUUUAUAGCACAGAUUUGUGUUAAAUGUGAUUAAUGCUGUGCAAUGUAAAUAGUAUAAUUUAAUCAUACAUUAUACAUAGCAACUGACACUGCUUAAUUUUUGAUACUCAUAUUUUUUAUUAAAUCAGACAAAUGGAUACUCAUUACAUUCAGUUAGUCAUCACAGUUAUAGUUGCAGAAGUAAUUUCAAUAUAUGAAUGAAAUAAAACGUUUUAAUUUCUAAAUACUUUCAUUGUCUUUUGGUCUAUUCAUAGAUUGAAUAUAUAAAAUAUAUAAAUUUAGAAGAAAUUAUUUUAUGUUUUCUUCACAUUAUAAAACAAUAGUAGACUUACUCAUUGCUCAUGAGGUAGAUAUUUUUUAAUUAAGUUUUUUUUAUAAAUUACCUAUAGAUUUAAAAUUAUAUUAUAAAGGUAAACAUAGGGCAUAAAAAUGUAUACACCAUAAAAUUAUUUACAUUCAUAAGAGAUGCAAAAUCUUUUUUUAUACUGUGGGUGAGUGGUAUUAAAUUGUAGUUAGAAUUUAAAUGCUUUAUACUAAUUUCAUAAUAUCAAUCUAUUAUUUUAAAUUUGAUUAGAACUAUCAUUAUUACAAUAUAUAACAUAAAUAGAUGAUAGACAUGAUGACACUAUAAAAUAGUGAUUAUGUAUAGUAAUAAACAAUACUACAAUUGUAUUGUUAAUAGUGCUAUGAUAUGACUGUGUACCUGCCUCAUAUUUAUAAGAAAUACCACUGAAAUGAACAUCGGCGUUAUUUAAUACAAGGUAAUUUAUAAAAAAAAAGUAUUUUGUUUGUAUUUCUCAAUAACUUUCACUUGUUUACAAUAAAUUUUCGUUCAAA